AUGAUGGUGCAUGGAUUUAAAAGUUGCAUCGAAAGCGAAAGGAAAGGAUUGUUGGAGCUCAAGGCCUAUCUCAACUCCGAGUAUUCGUAUGACUGGCCUAAUGGCAAAGACAUCGACUGUUGCCGAUGGGAAAGAGUCAAGUGUGAUCUUACUAGCGGGCGUGUGAUUGGUCUCUUCUUGAAUGAUACAUACUAUAGUCCUCCUCUAAAUCUUUCCUUGUUCUAUCCCUUUGGAGAAUUAAAGACUCUAAAUCUAAGUAAUCUCUGGUCUAGUAGCUGGUUCGAUGAUAUCCAUGGUUAUAAAAGUUUCGGGAGAUUAAAAUAUCUUGAGAUUCUUGAUUUUAGUGAAAACAGCGUCAAUGAUACUGUCUUACCCUUUUUAUAUGCCGUUUCAUCGCUUAAAACUUUGGUUCUUCAUGCAAACUCUAUGGAAGAACUGAAAAACUUGAGAAACCUAGAACUACUGGAUCUAAGCAAGAACAAAUUCAUUGGUCCAGUGCCAGACUUGGCGAUUUUCCAUAAACUUAAAGGCUUAGAUUUAAGCAAUAACGAAUUUGCUGGAUCAUUGGAAAACACAGGACUUUGUCAAUUGAAAAAUUUACGGGAGCUUGACCUGAGUCAAAACAAAUUUACAGGUCAAUUUCCUCAGUGUUUUGAUAACUUGACGACCCAACUCCAAGUUCUUGAUAUCUCAUCAAACCAAUUUAAUGGAACGCUUCCAUCUUUUCUCAGUAGAUUCACUUCGAUUGAGUACUUAUCUCUCUCAGAUAAUGAGUUCGAGGGUUUCUUCUCUUUCAAGCUAAUCGCCAACCUCUCUAAGCUCAAAGUGUUCAAACUUUCAUCAAGAUCUAAUCUGCUGCAAAUAGAGAAAGAAUCCUCCCGACCAUUGAGGUUUCAGUUGAAUGUCAUAGAGUUACAGAACUGCAACUUGGAAACAGUGCCAAGCUUUCUUCAGCACCAGAAGGAUUUGCGUGUAAUCAAUCUCUCCAACAAUAAGUUGACUGGAUCGUUUCCUUCUUGGUUUCUGGAAAAAUUUCAAGAACUCCGGGUUUUGCUUUUGCAGAACAACUCUUUCACCAUGCUUCAGCUGCCAAGGCUACUACUUAAUCACAGUUUGCAAAUUUUGGAUGUAUCAUCCAAUAGUUUUGAUCAGCGGCUUCCAGAGAAUAUGGGACAAGUGCUUGCAAAUAUAAGACACUUGAAUCUUUCGAACAAUAGGUUUCAAGAAAAUUUGCCAUCUUCCUUCGGUGAGAUGAAAAAUAUACAGUUCGUGGACCUAUCUCAUAAUAACUUCUCUGGAAGUCUACCAAAGAGCUUUCUUACUGGUUGUGGUUCACUGCAUACUUUGAAGCUUUCAUACAACAGAUUCCAUGGUCAAAUCUUUCCGAAAAGAACGAGUUUUAGAUCUUUGGUCAUCUUCAUAGCGAAUAACAAUCUAUUUACUGGAAUUGAAAAUGGACUGCGACGCUCAACAUCUCUAGGAGUGCUCGACUUGUCGAACAACUAUCUACAAGGUACUUUACCAAGCAACCUUUUUGACAUGCCUACCAUGAAAAUCUUGGACCUCUCUGGAAACAAGUUCUCAGUUUGUUGUAUUCAUGACAAUGAGUUCACCGGGACGAUUCCAAGUACGUUGGUGAAAAAUGUUUUGGUACUCGACCUUCGAAACAACAAGCUAUCCGGGACUAUCCCACGCUUUGUCAACAACCAGUUUAUCCUCUCUCUUUUGUUGAGAGGUAAUGCAUUAACGGGUAAUAUUCCUACUGAUCUAUGUGGUCUAAAAAGCAUUAGGAUCUUGGAUCUUUCCAAGAACAAACUCAAUGGAAUUAUACCAUCAUGUCUCAACAAUGUAUCGUUUGGAAGAAGCUUAGAUUACGAGAUUGGUUACGAUUUACCAUAUGAGAUUAAUGAUGAAGAAUUGGAGGUUUAUUCUAGGUUCUUGGUUUUGCCACGUGAGUAUGUUACAGACUACACAGGGGUUUUGGAGUUCACUGUUGAGUUUGCAUCAAAGAGUAGGUAUGAUUCUUACAACGAAAGAAGUUUCGGCUUCAUGUUUGGGCUGGAUUUGUCAGAUAAUGAACUCAAUGGCGAAAUCCUUGGGGAGUUGGGAGAUCUUUGGAGAAUGCGUGCUUUGAAUCUGUCUCACAACUCCUUGUCAGGUUUAAUACCUAAAAGCUUCUCUAAUCUAAUAAAUAUAGAGAGCAUUGAUCUUUCGUUUAACCUGUUGCAUGGACCAAUACCUCAAGAUCUAGGCAGGCUACACUAUAUGGUUGUAUUCAAUGUGUCGUACAACAACUUUUCAGGGUCCAUUCCUAGUCAAGGCAAAUUUUCUAGCUUGGAUGAAACCAACUACAUAGGUAAUUCUCUUCUAUGUGGAUCAGCCAUAAACAAAAGGUGUGAUGAUAACAACACUAUCAGUUUCGAGGAACCUCAAAGCGGAGAUGAAGAAACCAUCGAUAUGGAGAUUUUCUAUUGGACCCUCGCAGCCACUUAUGGCGUAACAUGGAUGACAUUUAUUGUGUUUAUUUGCUUUGAUUCACUUUGGCGCCGAGCAUGGUUUCGUCUUGUUGAUGCUUUUAUCAGUUGUUUUAAAUGUGUUUGA